AUGCACACGAGAUCUCAGGGUACACCGCCUUUCGGAUUACUCUGUUAUCAAAGAAGGAAAGGGUCAGGAAGUUCAGCCGGGUUUGAAAUUCAACAGGAUUCGCCGAGUCCAAUCAGAGAUAACCCAUUGUUUGAGAGUAGUGACAGUGAUCCAGAAGCUGAGUUGAUGGCCGACAAUAAUAACAACAACGCUGUCCCACCACCUGGAGGAAGGUUCGGUGACACUCUUAGGUCGGGAGUCGACUUUCUAGGAGAAUUCGCCUACGCGAAUGACAACGUGAACAUUCCUCCUCAUUACAUUAGCUUGGUGAACGGGGGAAAUCUCUUCCAUGGGCGAGACGAUGAGGAUCCGAUGAGCCACCUCAACGCGUUCUAUGAAUUGACGAACUCUCAUCGACCCCCGAAUGUGGACCAUCAUCAGAUUAAGAGGGCCUUAUUCCCUUUCUCACUGAGGGAUAAAGCACGGGCGUGGUAUGAUUCUAUUCCGGGAUACAACAUAGCCACAUUCCAAGAGUUGAAGAUGUUGUUCCUCUUGGAAUAUAACUCUCCGAUGAAGAUUGAGAAGUUGAGAGAGGAGAUCACUAUCUUCCGACAGAAAUAUGAUGAGUCUUUUGCGGAAGCGUGGAAGAGGUUCACUGAAUUGCUUAGGAAAUGCCCGAGCCAUGGUCUUGCUCCAGGGCAUGAGCUACUCAAAUUCUACAAGGGACUCAACAAUGAAGGCACAGGACUAGUUACUGCAGGUUCUAAUGGAAACCUGGAUGACUUAACGCAUGAGGAGGUGAGAGCCUUAUUCCAAAGGUUGGCUAACAAUCAACGGAACUGGCACAACCCAAGGAGAGCAGCGGAGAAAGGAGGAGACACAUUCGGUGCUACAAAGGAUCCAGAGAGAGUAUCUGCAAUUGAAGCUCAAUUGGCAGAUAUAAGCACCCAGAUGUCUUCAAUGACGAAAGCAGUGAAAUCUCUUCAACUGAAUCCUCAACCUCAAGCAGUGACUGUGAUGAAGUGUGGACUGUGCCAAGGUGGACACCAUACGGAUCAAUGUCCAAGUCUUCAAGGGCCACCAACGGAGGAUGUGAACUACAUUGGUAACAAUGGCCAAGGGUUUAACCAAGGCAACCAAUACAGCAAUCAGCAGAAUUGGAGGCCUCAUCAAUCGAACUGGAAUCAAAGUGGUCCUAGCAACAACUCGGGGAACCAAUGGAGGACAAACACUCAACCCCCGGGUUAUGAGAAGAAGCCAUCGGUAGAAGAUCAAUUGGGACAGAUACUCUCCUUCAUGACCAAGAGUCAAAAGGAGAAUGAGAGCUUCAAAGAAAGGACGGUAGAGAAGUUUGGUCAGAUGGAGGCUACAUUGAGGAACCUCGAGACUCAAAUUGGGCAGAUUGCUACAGCAUCUCACACAAGAAUUCCUAAUGCUAUCCCGAGUGAUACGGUGCCCAAUCCUAAAGGUUUUGAACAGUGCAAGGCAGUUAAGUUAAGAAGUGGGAAGGAUCUUGAGUCUCCAAUCAUGCUAGAUGCACAAAAUGGCUCGAACAUCUUGUACGCAGGGGCGGACAAGUUGUUUGGCUCACAAACCUCGCACGCAGGGGCGGACGAGGGGAUUGAGUGGGCUACUACCGAAGCUAGGGAAUGUCAACAAGAAAAAGAAGAGUCAACCAUGAGUGAUAUCCAUAAGAAGAAUCCACUAAGUCCGGCAAUGGACCCGAAGUGUCCAUUUAAUUUUCUAGAUUUUAUCCCGCCACCACCUUUCCCAGUCGAGAAUAAGAAGAAGGGUAGGAAAAUAAUUCAAGAGAAAGGACUCGAUUGGAUGAUGAACAUUAUCAGGAAAGUUAAUGUAGAUGUGUCCCUGGUGGAUUUGUUCCUACAUUUUCCUAAAUUCUCCAAGUUUUUUAAGGAUCUUAUUGCGAAAAAGGAGAAGAUACAAGACGAUGGUGUGGUGAUAUUGAGCGCAUUUUGCUCACAAUUUGUGAAGGGAAAGAUGUCGGCAAAGAGAAGAGACCCUGGAAGCUGUGUGAUCCCAUGUGAGAUGGGAGAUAAGGAGUUCCCAAAGUGCCUACUUGAUCAAGGCUCGGGAAUAUCAUUGAUGGCUCUGAAAACCGCACGGUCAAUCGGUCUAGAAGCGAGGAUUGAACCAAUCGACAUUGACCUACAAUUGGCGGAUCAUUCAAUUGUGAAACCAAAAGGUAUCAUCGAGGAUGUCUUGGUGAAGGUUGAUAGAUUUGUACUCCCGGUUGACUUCAUUGUCCUAGAGAUGGAAGAGGACAAGGAUAUGCCUAUCCUAUUUGGUAGGCCAUUUUUAGCAACCGGUGAUGUUGUGAUAGAGACCAAGACAAAUACGGUCAUGUUUCGAGUAGAUGGAGAGAAUGUGGUGAUCAAGCAAGAGAAGGCGGGGAAGCGCCUAUUGGAGCCUGGAUAG